GGUUUGGCGUCUCGUUUCCAAUUCAUCCACGGCCUCAGAGCCUCACUCUCGCCCCGCGAGGAUAAGGCUACCUCAAUCCUCCUCCUCCUCCCCCUCCUCUCUCUGUCUCUCUCUCUCUCUCUCUCCCGGAAGCAACCGAAGAACAAGGAGCACAAGAGCGGCGAGGCCUGCUUCUCUGAACCCCAGUCGCACCGGACACUCCCUGCUUCCUUUUCAUUUCGAGGAACGGAAGAAAAACUGGGGAGAUGAACGGGAAUUUGAGAAGUUUUAAAGAAAACUGAGGUUAAACUUCAGUUGAAAGUCGUAUUUUGAUAGACAAAAAGCUUCUGGUCUAGAUUCAAGAUGACACCCGUAAUUCAUUGUUCUGUUGGAAAUAUCACUUUAGUUCCUCGAACUGUUUUACCACCAAGGAAAGAGGUGAAGUUAACAAGAUGUGACACAUCUGGAAAGGAUACUAGGCUCAAAUCAUAUCGAAGAUUUCUGUUAUCACAUUCAUCAGUAAGACUGUUUCAGUUGUAUAGAAGGUCAGGAAUCCAAACCAUGGCAGCUGUUGGCACUGAUCUAACUGUAGAAGAAACAAAUCCAACUGUUUCAGAGGAAGUUGUUGAUGAAACCUUGGAAGUACCACCUAGCUCUGAUGAAUCAAGUGUACCUUCUCCAUCAAAGUCAACCACAAUUUCAAAUCAAACCAAACGCAUUAGGCCUGGGAGGAAAAGUGAGAUGCCUCCUGUGAACGAAGAGGAAUUAGUUCCAGGUGCUUCAUUUGUAGGAAAAAUAAGGUCAAUUCAACCAUUUGGUUGUUUUGUCGAUUUUGGAGCCUACACAGAUGGUUUGGUACAUGUUUCCAGGAUAAGUGACUCUUAUGUCAAAGAUGUUGCAUCUGUCGUCUCUAUUGGACAAGAGGUGAAAGUGAGAAUUGUUGAGGCCAAUAAGGAAACAGGACGGAUAUCUCUCACAAUGCGUGACAAGGAUGGCACAACUAAGGUUCAGCAGAAAAGGGAAUCUACAGCUGAAAGUGGUGAAAAGCCAAAAUCUUUCAGAAAAACUGGUUCAAGGUCAGACCAAAAGCGAGGGGAAACCAAAAAAAGCUCUAAGUUUGCAAAGGGUCAGAUUUUGGAUGGUACUGUGAAGAACCUCAUAAGAUCUGGAGCUUUUAUAUCACUUCCGGAUGGAGAGGAAGGAUUUCUUCCAAUUGAAGAAGAAUCUGAAAGCUUUGUUAUUUUAGGGAGUUCAUCACUGCAGGUUGGCCAAGAAGUUAAUGUACGAGUAUUACGCAUUGCCAGAGGAAAGGUAACUUUAACAAUGAAAAAAGAAGAAGAUGUUGAUGAACUAAAUAAGCAACUAAAUCAAGGUGUGGUACACACAGCAACGAACCCAUUCGAGCUGGCAUUCCGCAAGAACAAGGAAAUUUCUGCUUUCUUGGAUGAGCGAAAGAGGACACAGGAGUCUCUUAAAAAGAUUGAACAAACAAUAGAAGUUGGUGAAACAGUGGAUAAUUCUGAUGCUUUUGCAGUUGAUAAUUCUGCAAAGGCUAAUGGGGAUCAGACAGUUGGUUCUUCUGAUUCACAUACCAAGGUUAAUGAUGAGAUAUCUAUUAAUGAAGAGCAGCUGGAGGAAAUUCCCGUUGUAGAUUGCCUUUCGGAUGUUGUGGAAAGCAAGGAUGAGGGAUCUCUGAGUGCAUUAACUGAGACUGUUGAUACAGUUGCAAAAGAGGAUGAAAAAGGAUCUGAACUCUUGAGCCACUCUUCUCGGGAUUCAGUUAUAGAUGAGAUUCCUGUAAAGGGUAUUGAAGAUUCUACAGAGAUUCUGAAGGAAGAAAGCAUAACAUCACAAGAUUCAGUUCCGGAUGGAGGUGAAUCUUUUGCCAGCAAUUUGUCUUUUAGUCUGGCAGUGGAUGAUACACUGUCUUCUGAAAGUAAAGAAGCAGCCGAUGAUAUCAGAGCUUUGGAGAAACCUGAAGGGACUUUGUUGGCUGCUGAAGAAGCUGAGACCUCUUCAGCUCAAGUGACAGAAACUGGAAGAGCAGCUGAAACAGAUGAAGCCUCAUUGCCUUCCGACGAUAAAGAAGCUGCUGGUGAUAUCAAAUCUGAGGUUUCUGUAGAACAAGUGACAGAAACUGAAACAUUUGUGAAAGAAGAACAAGGUUCUGAAGUUCCGUCAUCAAAAGAAAAAGAGGGCAAUCUAAAUUCUACACAAGUUGACGAUUCUGCUGGUAAUGUCAAAUCUGAGGCUUCUUUAGAACAAGUGACAGAAACUGAAAUGACUGAAACACCUGCGAAAGAUGAACAAGGUUCUGAAACUGAUGAUUCUACUGGGCAAUUAAAUACCAAAAAGUAUUACAGGACUAUCCCAGAGGACCUUUCUAAAAACCAAUUCGAUAAACCCAUAGCUAUUGAAGAUGUGGCUGUUCCCACUAACUCAAGCAAUGCCAAAUCAGAUGCUGAAGGUAGCUUGAAUGAGCAAACUGACUCUUCUGAUGAACCAAGAUCUGUCAAAGCUACUAUUUCCCCAGCUCUGGUGAAGCAAUUACGCGAAGAAACAGGUGCUGGUAUGAUGGACUGCAAGAAGGCUCUUGUAGAAUCUGGGGGUGACAUUGCUAAGGCCCAAGAGUUGCUCCGAAAGAAAGGUUUAGCAAGCGCGGAUAAAAAGGCCAGUAGAACAACUGCCGAAGGAAGGAUUGGGUCCUACAUCCAUGACAGCAGAAUAGGCAUCCUCAUAGAGGUGAACUGUGAAACGGAUUUCGUGUCUCGAGGUGAAAUCUUCAAGGAGUUGGUUGAAGACCUUGCUAUGCAAGUAGCAGCAUGUUCUCAGGUUUGUUAUUUAGCAACUGAAGAUAUCCCAGAAGAUAUUGUGAACAAGGAAAGGGAAAUUGAAAUGCAGAAGGAAGACCUUUUGUCAAAACCUGAGAACAUAAGAUCAAAAAUUGUUGAUGGCCGAAUCAGGAAGAGGCUUGAGGAAUUUGUGUUGCUGGAGCAACCUUACAUAAAAAAUGACAAGAUGGUAGUUAAGGAUUUAGUUAAGCAGACCAUUGCUACAAUUGGAGAGAAUAUUAAGGUAAAAAGGUUUGUUCGUCUCAAUCUUGGAGAAGGCUUGGAGAAGAAAAGCCAAAACUUUGCAGCCGAAAUCGCCGCACAGACUACAGCUAAAUCUUCACCUGUGGUUGCAAAAGAUCAAUCUACCGAAACAAAAGAAGAUGUUGAGAAGCCGAAAACAGUUGCAGUAUCAGCUUCAUUAGUGAAGCAACUUCGAGAGGAAACAGGUGCUGGCAUGAUGGACUGCAAGAAAGCUCUUGCAGAGACUGAAGGAGACAUUGAAAAGGCUCAGGAAUACCUCCGCAAGAAGGGACUGGCAUCGGCUGACAAAAAAUCCUCCAGACUUGCCGCAGAAGGUCGGAUUUCAGCCUAUAUUCAUGAUGCGCGGAUCGGCACACUUAUUGAAGUUAACUGCGAAACAGACUUUGUGAGCCGGAAUGAGAAGUUCAAGGAAUUGGUGGAUGAUCUUGCUAUGCAAGUGGUGGCCUGCCCUCAGGUUGAGUUUGUGUCGAUAGAUGAAAUCCCAGAGAGUAUCAUUGCGAAGGAAAAAGAAAUAGAAAUGGCAAGAGAUGAUCUGAAGUCAAAGCCGGACCAAAUAAAGGAGAAGAUAGUGGAAGGGAGGAUCACUAAGAGGCUAGGAGAACUUGCUCUCUUGGAACAGCCCUUCAUCAAAGAUGAUGAUAUUAAGGUGAAGGAUCUGGUGAAACAGACAGUGGCUGCGCUAGGAGAGAACAUCAAAGUUAGAAGGUUUGUUCGCUUCACUCUCGGAGAGAACUGAAGGAUUCGAAAGUUACAAUUUGUCGGUUAAGGAAGAGCCAGUAUAAUUUUUGGACACUGUUCCUGUUUGUAACAUGCUGCUGUUCUACUAAAAUGAGUUGAGACAAAAUCAUAAUUUUUUGGCCUUCGGCAUGGUGUGUAUUCAUCCAUAUCUUUGUAGCAAGUUUACCUUGACUUCAAGUUAUGAAUCUAAGAAACUGAUGGUAACAAUGA